UGCUUUCCCGAACCUAUAAAACGUCAUAUUUUGUAGUAGACACCACCAAUUAUUGUAUAAAAAUUGAGAAAAAUAACAUCUGACAAACUUUAAGGUAUAUCUGAUGAAACUAUGAUGUUUGAAAAGACUCUUAAGCAAUGGCACCAGACAUUUCCAUAGAGAGAUUUUCCUGUCACAUGAGAUGUCUAGCACUGCCAGUCAGUCCUCCAGCAGUAAUGUUGGGGGUGUCACAUCACCAAUGUCUGCCCUGCCUGAUGCAGGAGGCUUGGGGAUAAAUGCCAACCCUCCAUCUGAACCAAACAAACCCAGAAAUCAGAAGGAGGAAGAUGAAGAAGCAUUUAAAGAGCUCUGUGCUAGCAAUGGACUCAACCACAGCAAAAUACAGGGUGGUGAGCAAUGCACUGCCGAAGUACUUGAGAUGUUCUUCUCCGGGUAUCCCAGAAUCAUCUACAUGGACAAAUUCCCAUGCCUGCAUACACUGGUGUUUAUGGGACAAAGUAUCAGUAAAAUUGAGGGUUUGAAAUCUCUUACAGGACUGAAAGAGCUGUGGAUUAGUGAAUGUCAACUCAAAAGCAUUGAGAAUUUGGAAACAUGUUCAAAACUUGUAAAAUUGUUUCUCUAUGGAAACGAAAUCUCUAAAAUAGAAAAUAUUAGUCAUUUAACACAUCUUGAAGUUCUUUUUCUGAACAACAACAGAAUAAAGAAUAUUGAAAACUUAGAAAAACUUAGGAUGCUGCAUACUUUGAAUUUAGCUGAAAACCAGAUAGAUAAAAUAGGCCACUUUUUAGAUGCUAAUCAUAAAUUGGCUGACCUGAAUUUGUCAGGAAAUCCUAUCUCAUCUCUCAGGGAGUUGACACACUUGAUGAGGUUGCCAGUAUUACUGUCCCUGAGCCUGAAGGACCCCCAGUUCCCCCCUGCCCCUGUCAGUCUGCUGUGUAACUACUCCACCCAUGUCUUAUAUCACCUUCCCAACCUCAGCAAAUUAGACACUUACGAUGCCAGCAAGAAUGUGUGCGAACUUGCAGAGGCAACAGUACUGAAGAAAAAGAUGUACUAUAACAUGAGAGUAAAAACCAUUAAGCGCAACAUGGCUGACAUUGUGUCCAAGAUGGAGAUUUACAAAUCCAGACUACUGGAGUUUCCUCAUGAGAGACUUCGGAACCUCAUGAACUGCAUUAAGGAAGUGCGUAGAGAGUUUGAAGAUUUGAUGAUGGAAACAAUAGAUAUAUCAGUGUUUAAUGACAUGGACCAUGACAGCAAUUUAUUAUUGGUUCAGGAUUUAGAGGAGGAGAGUAAGCUGCAGAAACUGGAUGACAGUGGAGGAUUUACUGCCAAGAUGAAUGCCCUCAAGGACAGGCUGAAGAAAUGGGAGAAAAAAGAAGCCGAAGUUGAAAGCUACCAAAAGGAAGCUUUACGAAGAGUCGAGACCCAGGCAGAGGCAGUGAUGCGAAGAAUGGCUAUUGAGUUAGAGUCCGGGGGAAAUGUGCGCUUUGAAGAGGGUACAACUUCCGAUGUUUGGUUCUCUUCCUGUCAUGAUUUGGUGCUCUCUCGGUUCUGUGCUACUGACUACAGGGAACACGGAAUAGCGGGAAUCAAGAUACACAGAAUCCUACGAGUCCACAACAGAAUGCUGAGGAAACGCUUCGAUGACAGACUGACGGGAAUUGUUGAUAGUAUUGAAGGAGAAUACUUCCCAAGCAACAGGAAUACUGCCUACAAGAAACAGUUGGAGUACCUGUUUUGGAUCUGGGAUCCUAACCUGCCCGGAGGGGUACAUGAGUCAACAAGAGUGAUGGAGGAGGGAUUCAUGGAUGCCAUGUCAUACAAGGCUCUAGGAAAAGAUGGGGCAGUACCUUUGAGUAACAGUCUGAGUCUAGCAGACAGACACAGAACAAGUUACCUGAUGAAAGAAAGCAAGGAAAAGGAAUACACAGACAACUGCCCAUUCAGAUAUGGUCAACUAGUCAUAUCAAAAGUGUAUCUGGGUAAAAGUGUCAAGGCCAUUGAUGAAAGAUUAAUAACAAGGUCAAACUAUCCCAAAAUAGAUGCUGUCUUCAAGCCUCGUAAAAUGUGCAUUCCACCAACUGCCUUAGAAAAAUUUCUCAUGUCAGGUGGAGGGGACUCGAUACACAACUGUGAGUGCAGCGCUCGCCAGUGUGAGUGGUACCUGUUUGACAAUGAACUCAUUCUGCCAGAGUACAUCGUGGACUUUGAAUAUGUCACAAAGUUCCGGUCAAAGUCCCCUUUUGCAACAUUUAGUGACCUCAUCCUUGACAAUAAGGAAUCUAAGAUCCCUAUGGUGCCCCACACAGACGAUGAUCCUGCUGUGGAUGAUGAUGUUCUAGGAAUGGAACCACUUCUAAAACAGAGACCAAGGUUGACAAUGUUGAAUGAGGAAAUACUAAUGAAACAUGUAGAAGUUGAUUCUCUGGAAGCCAUAACAGUGUUAAACCUCCACAACAAUGGGAUCUGUAAACUGAGGCCCAUCCACUCUCUGUAUCAUCUGAAACGACUUACUGUCAGCUUUAAUGAGCUCAAUAAACUGGAUGAAGUAGCUAAUAUGGGAUUGGAAUAUCUUGAUGCCAGUUUUAAUCAUAUUUCCACCUUAGAAGGACUUAAAAACAUGAUGAAACUGAAGUUCUUUGACCUGAGUUGGAACAAGCUGACAAACACAAGAGAGGAUCUGUCCAUUCUCAGGAAGCAUGCCUGUAAUCUGUUGACCCUUGACCUCAGACACAAUCAUUGGCUGAAGCCUCAGAAUUUAAGGCUGCGUGUGAUUGGACGAUUGAAGUCACUGACCCUCCUUGACGGGUCAGCAGUGACAGAGCAUGAAGCCACGGCAGCUUUACGAGUGGCGGCGGGAUCUCGAAUCUGUCAGUUGUCUCUCCUUACACAUGCUCGAGUGGACUCACACAGACCGCGCUCGCUCAGUCUCAUGCCUACUGCUGAGAUCUUAGAGAAACAGAGUCACCACAGGCCAGAGAAAAUCAGUGAAACAGAUACACUCUGGUACCAGAAGGUGACCUCUUUGUAUUUGGAUAAUCAGCAUAUCACAAAACUAUCUGGUUUAGAGAGACUGGAAAACCUAAGAUAUGCCUCUUUUAACAACAAUGACAUCACAAAAAUAGAGGGAUUGGAUCAUUGUGUAAAAUUACAAGAACUUUCUCUGGAAAACAACUGUAUCAGUAGGCUGGAAGGCAUCUCUAAGCUGACCCAGCUGAAGAGGCUGUGUGUGGGCAGUAACUUCCUCUCCACCCUGGAGAACUCGGGCAUCCAUUACCUGGGGAACCUGGCUUACCUGUCACUGGAGGAAAACAAACUGACUUCCCUGUUAGGGCUUCAGAAAAUGGCCACUCUUGUAGAACUGUAUGUGGGAAACAAUAUCAUUGCCAGUGUCAGGGAAAUCUUCUACCUCAAGAUGCUGUCAAAUUUAGUCAUACUUGACCUGUUUGGGAAUCCUGUUGCCACAGAAACGGACAACUAUAGACUCUUCAUCAUUUAUCAUCUCAAAAAUCUCAAAGCAUUAGAUGGAUCUGCAAUAGAAGCUAUGGAGGGAAAUCUUGCCAAGGACACUUUUGGUGGUAGACUUACACAAGACUUUGUAGCAGAAAGACUGGGUCAUUCCAACUUCCAUGAUGUUCGGGAGUUAGACCUUCCAAACUGUAGUAUUCGCAUCGUAGAUCUGGGAAUAGGCGAUGCUUUUAUCAAUCUUAGAAGUGUGAACUUAGAACACAACAAUUUGACUUCCUUCAGUGGUUUGAUUCAUUUGCCAAAUAUAAGGGUGCUGUGUUUGAAUCAUAAUCAUAUUGAAUGCAUUAUGCCGAAACAGAAACCGGUCAACAGAAUGUCCAAGCAGGGCUCCAAUAAGAGCUUGGAAUUCUUCUCCAAUGACUCGUCCACUCCUAUCAUGGAGAGCUUAGAGGUGCUACAUUUAGGUUAUAACGGAAUCAAAGAUAUGUCCAUUCUACAGCUGAGCAGGUUAACCUCACUCAAGGCUUUAUUUCUACAAGGGAAUGAGAUCUCUAAAGUGGAAGGAAUGGAGGGACUGCAUGAUCUCAGGGAGCUGGUUCUGGACCGGAACAAAAUCAAAAUCAUCUCAGAAUUGUCCUUCGCCAAUCAGUGGAAUCUACAGGAACUCCAUAUAGAGGAGAACAGAGUGAGAGAGUUGUCUUACCUCAACUGUAUGGACAAUCUACAGAGACUAUACAUGGGCUCCAACCGCAUCCAGGAAAUUUCUGAAUUAGAGAAGUUGGAGGGACUGAACAAUUUGAUUGAGAUCUCUCUAGUCAACAACCCUGCUGCCAGACGUCACCUUCAUCGUCCAAUCCUGGUGUUCAAACUGAAACAGAUCAUGAUCAUUGAUGGAAUCCCAGUCAGUGAAGAGGAGAGAGGGAAGGCUGAGCUCUACUUCAUGGAUCAGCAGGUAGCCACCACUCAGCCAUCAGUCAGUGAAGGAUCACUGCCUGGUAUUAACCAGAUUAAGACACAGGUCCCAGUCAAAGUGACCACGAUGCAUCUGGGUUCCUCCCCACUGUGGAAUGGAGGGGUUCUGUAUGAUGAUAGUGCUCAGGAUGCCAUCCAAAGAGGUGGUGGUCGUAGAAGAGGAACGGGGAAGGAACCCCCACCUCCCCCUAACCAAGGCAUGAUGAAUCGUGCCAACACUAUGGUAUUCAAUCCUUCAAACACUGGUUACGGGGGCUUCUCCUACACCAACAAUUCGGUAAACUCGGGAGCACGGCCGCAGUUCUAUCUCAAUCAAAUUCCUUAUGUUCAGCCACCUUCACAGACAGAGUAUGUUGAAUGGUUUUCAAGGAUAAACCAAGCCAAAAAUAACAGGAGAUGAACUUUUCUUCAACAGUUUAUAAACCUGUAUAGUGAUAGAUGAAGGUGUACAUACCAGUACUUAGUGACGUGAUACAAAGUGACUACUAUAUCAUUAGGGAUAGUGUGAAAAUAAUUAGUGUAUAUCACAUAUGCUGUGAUACCCUGCACAACAAUACCUGUGAAAACUUAAUUAAUCUGGGUGCCAAGACUGAUUUUAGUGUCGCCAUAUCUGAGAUGCUUAUUUAAUUACAUUUCUUUCUUGAAAUCUAAUUACUGUAUUAUAAGUGCCCAAAACGUUGUACUUUUUUUUUUACUCAUUACUGCUGUAUUUUAUCUUCAGAAUUUAUGUGCAAUUUUGGCAGAUCUUUUUUUUUUCUCUGCAAUUAUGAAAAGGUACUACACAUCUUUCUGAAAAAAAAAUAUGCAUACAUCUAAUUCACAGAUGCUUAUAUCAUUUUCUUAAAUGAAUUUUGUAUUCUUACAUGUAAGUUUGGGGUAUUAAAUGUAUAUAUUGUGGCCUUGUAAUUUUACAUCCCAGGAUGUAUCUGUUAAUAAGUUAAUCAAACAUUGCCAAAAAAACUCCGUCCUAUUCAAAACCUGUUCUAAGCACAUAUAUAUAUUUGUAAAUAUCUCAUUGUUUUCUUAUGCUUAUAGCAGGAUAAGUAUGUUUUGUGUUAUUCUUUAAUUAAUAUUUAUACAUGAAUUUAAAAAAUGUACAUGACCUGCUCUGCCAGUUUAUUAAAAGCAGUAUUUUGAGGGAAAGAGAGAGGGGGAGAGAGAGAUUAUAGUAACAAAAAGCAUAUAUUUAUACUAAUUAAUAACUAUCUGUUAUAGGUUUAUGUGUAUGUUGUUAAUUAUUAAGUUAAGUGCUUUGUUGUUGAUAUGUAAAUGAAUUUUACAGAGUCCAUAUCAAAUUAACUUUUUCAAUGCGAUAUGCAUUCAAGUUACAUUAUAUAUUCAUCAGAAUGUGUACUGUACUGUACAUGUAUGUUUUCAUUAUUACUGAGUUUUAUUUUGUGAUAUUUGGUUUGCUCAAUUUAUUUGUAUUGGAUGUAUUUAUUCAA